GCGACGGGGGCGGCGACGGCGUUGGCUGGCUGGGGCGGGGAGGCGAUGUGCAGCUUGUUCGCAGGAUGGCGACGACCCGAGCGAGUGGGUCGGCAUAGGCGCCCGUGCAGCCGGAGCCCACAACCUGUGGCCAAUGCGUUUGACCCUCCGGUCUUCACGCCAUUGUUGCGGCUUCCUUCUUCCUUCCCACCACCAUCUCCUCCCUACUCAUGUCGCGUCCUGCCACCGCCGCAUCGUCCUCGACGACUCUCCACAGACCUAAGAAGAGGAAGAUCCAGCGCGUCCUCCUCGCAGGCACCCUCCAGACACUCGGAGACCUGUCCACCCCCCUACCGCCGACCCUCACCGCGCCACGCACCCACGACCUCGCCCAAGCCGCCGCGCGGCCCAAGCGCAAGCUCGACGAUGUCGCCACCGACGAGCCACAAGCCAAGAAACCUCGCACGACGCCCGCCACCCCCCAGCCAGCGUCGAGUCGCCCGCCGGUCCCGCUGUUCCCACAGUCCCAGUCAGGCACCCAGGCCCCGGCAUUGUCCGCCACCGCACCGUCCGACAGUCCUGAAGACGGCGAGGUAAGAGACGGCCUCCCAAUAUACCGCAACUCCAUCGCCGUUGUCUCAAACGUGCCCGUACGGCGGCCCCGCCGCCGCCAGGUGCCACCGGGCUACUGGGAGGACAUGUACUCCAAGUACCAGGCGGAGGGUGUGCGGCUGCGCUAUUCGGCCAAGGCAAGGAUAGACUCGACCUAUCCGUCGACGGACCCUCGUUUCAGGGCCCUGCCGGACCCGCCACCGGCGGGCACAGCGUACCACAAGUUUGGCCACCUUAUGGCGCGCUUGGAGUACGUAGACGCGCUGCUGUGUUUCACCUAUGCACUCUGGUGCAUCGACAUCGGCAACAACGCCUGCUUCCGCCAGAACUGGCCACUGGUCCUCAAGUUCGUCGAGCAGGCCAAGACCCAAUGGAGGUGCGAUGACGGCGAGGACUGGGAGCGGGCAUUCCACGGGCUCAUAUGCCUAGUGGAGGCAUACAUCCACGGUCGCAAGUGGCGAUUCAACCUGCAGUUGACGAGGACGGACAGCGCGCGCCUGAUGCAGCGGCUGCAGAUCUGCCAGGAUGCAGAGGACGACCGCCGCCAGCUGAAGGAGGCGCAACUGGAGAAGCAGCGCGCACAGCAGCUGCCGUCGCCGGCUCCCAGCGCGGGGUCGACGCCAAACGGCCUCGAGGGCACUGGCACUCCCAACCCGGCGACCGCCCAGACUACCCCCGCACCGUCUGCGCCACCGCAGAAGAAGGCACAACAGCCCGAGCAGCGUGAACGCUCCUCGCAGAUCAACCCCGCCCACACUGUUUCCGUCAACAUCAACACCGUGGGGCCGUAUCGCUCGCAGGCAUGGGGCCUGUACGACGCGAAGCGAGCAGUGGACGUCGCGGGUCGGCUCAUCACGCUGCCGAUCAUGGCGAAGCACUUUCCGCGGACGUUCGCACGGAUGGCGUACUCAAGUCUGUCGACGGUGGACGAGCACGAGCCGGACUUUGACGACGAGGAGGGCGAGCUGUUCUGGCCGGGCCAGGUCGUGGGAAGCGAGGGCCUGGGCUGGAUCUGCUACAUGGGCCGUGCGAUGGUGAAGGAGUACGCGAAGCCGUACCGCUACAAGGGCGUCGACGGCGCACUCCCGCUGCCCGCUGGCUACCACAACUCGGACGACCCGCGGCACUUCCCCCUCCCCCAGGAGCCCACGACGGAGGCCGCUGCCCCCGCACGGUGACGUCUCGGUCUGUCGCCCCCGUAGACCAUCGAAGCACUGU